CGACAAUAAAAUAAUGUAUAAAUCGAUGUCGGAAAGAAUUUAUAAUUCAAACGAUUAUGUGAUCGCAUAUAAAACUUUGUGGGAACAGUAACUUGGAAGUGAAUUGCGUGUACGGUGUAAUAUACCUUGACAUACCUGCAUGCUUUUAAGUAUCCAAUCGAAUCGCUUAAUAUACAUAUAUAUCUCGUGCUCAAAAAGUGAUAGUCACGAACGAUGCGUCGAAUGCGUAAACACUCGAAGGAAUAAUCGUGGGAUUUCCUCUAUUACACAAUACUAUUACAAUACUCUACUGCCACGGGAAGAGCCGUAUACGUAUAUAGUAAGAUGAGCGCUUUCGUUGACAGCAUCCAGGACGAGAAAACACCGAGUAUCGUAGGUCAUGCGAGAUUAAAUGCGAGUACCUCGCUCAGCGAUAUAGGAGAGGACGUGAAAAGUAGCAAAUUUAACAAAUCGACUCAGAGCGAUAUCUCGUGGAGGCUCCCUUGCGCUGGAGAUCAUAGACAGAGAACAUUGAGGCCGAUGUCCCUGGCAUAUUUAUCGACCAAGAUUCCCAAACAGAUGAGCGAAUUGAGCUUUUCCACGCAUAGCUCCAGAAGCACGUUAUAUCCUACUCAGACCGAGUUGGUUUUAUCAUCGAGAAAUAGGCACAAUAACAACAGAUACGUGUCUCUGGACAUGAGAUCAAUCAAUAAUCUUUCGUAUCCCAGUCCGCACUCCAACAGUUACAUUUUAGGCAAUAGUACACCGGCGUACACGUGUUGCUGUACAUGUGCAGGAUCGCAGAUCUCGUCGCCGCCGCCGCCGCCGGCACCGCCGGCACCGUUCUCACAAAAUGAAACUGACGAUCAGGAUGGGCCCGAGAACCUUUCGUGGAGGAGACUUCACAUGAGCAGAGCGAAGCUAAAAGCAACUGCAACCACAUCUGAACUUCUUAGUGGAUUCGCAAUGGUGGCAAUGGUGGAACUGCAAAUAAAUGAACCGACGGCGGUUCCGGAAUGGCUGUUUGUAAUGUUUGCCGUUUGUACCACUUUCUUGGUAUCGGUGCACAUCUUUGCACUGAUGAUCAGCACGUAUCUUUUACCCAAUAUCGAGGCCAUAAGUAAGCUUCAAGUUUCACGACUCAUAACGGAGUCGCCCCACGAGAGGAUGCGCGGUUUCAUCGAAUUGGCUUGGGCAUUUUCCACGAUACUCGGACUGUUUCUCUUUCUAGUAGAGGUGGCUAUUCUCUGCUGGGUCAAGUUCUGGGACUAUUCCUUUACCGCUGCCACUGCCAGCACCAUAAUAGUCAUUCCCGUGCUCAUAGUAUUCGUCGCUUUCGCUGUUCACUUUUAUCACUCUUUGGUAGUUUACAAAUGUGAAAGUGUGGUAUCAGAUAUGAAGGAUUUGGAGAGCAUAAAAAGGAACUUGGACAACGUAACAAUAGGGCAAACUAAUGUAUAAGUUCGAGACAAUAAUACAACCUGUAAUAUACAAUAUUAUGUAUACAAAUAAUUAUCCUAAAUGAAAAAGAAUGCAUUAAAGAUAGGCUGAUAAAUAAGAAUAUCGAAUAAUGCUCUACGGAGUAUAAAUUAAUUUGUGGCAGGCAGGAAUACUCAGGUUUAAAAUAGGUGCUAUUCUUCAAUUUAAAACAUCUUUAAUGAGAAUGACAUAAAAAAAAGAACACUAUGUGUGGAUUUGUUAUCAAUAACUUUACUUUUCAAACGCGACCAUAUGAAAAUGGCCAAGUUUUAUUAUAUAUAAAAAUGUACAUAGCUGUACACAUGCAAGUCGAGAAUUGCAACAGUACAAGCGAGUGCUCUUUAGUAUAUUACCUAUAUAAUAUCCAGCAUUUAAUAAUAUCUGUGUGUAUACGGUUUAACUCUUGAUUUUUAUUUAAACCUGUUCCUUGAUCAUUCUAUUACUAUCAUAUGUCAUGUCGCUAAUAUACAUAUAUAGUAUCUGUUAUUACCGCGACACUUAGUUUGCGGAAAAACUGAAGGAUAAUUGAGUCAUUUUAUGUACACUUCCUGAAAUUUACAUAAUUUUUCUAGUCAAUAAAUAAAUCGUCAAAGUUUAGGAUGUCCAUCGAAAAAUUUGGUUUCUUACUCUAAUGUUAGGAAAAAAAAUAAAGAUAUAAUUAAUGUAUUUCUCGUUUUUACCAAACUAAGUUGUAAUCUUAUUGUAAACGAUUUCUAUAAUAUUAUGCCUUAACUUCUUUUAUAUAUUACAAAAACACUCGAUCGAAGGAGUCGUUGUAAGCAAAACGGGGAAAUAUAAUUACUUUAGUACAACAAAAUUAUGUGAUACCUGUUGUUAUAAAUUACAAAUUGUAUUGCACUAAUCUAUGUACGAAAACUUGAACGUUUUCUUAAAGAUACAUGCUACAUCGUAUUGAAAAUUCAUUGCAUUCGAUUAUUUUUGCUUAAUAAGCAAAAUCUCAAAUUUAUAGAGGCAUUACGCAGAUCUUAUUGUAAAAUUUGCCUCUUGAGAACCACAUUAUCGUAUGUACAUUGGAAGAGAAAAAAAUCAAAACCUACAUUACACAAAUAUAAAUGUCAUGUUGCAAUACGUAAGUUGAUAGAAAAGAGAAAAAAUACUGUUGAGAAAUAAAUUGAUGAUUUGAGCAUUAGCCAUUAUUGAAAACUCUUUUAAGAAAUUACCUUCUAAAUUGAUUAAAAUCAAUUUUU